UCCCUGCAGCCUCCAGGUUAACCUACUUUUUGUUUCCCACUUCAAACAGUUUUUCCUGUUUCUUUCAUGGAUUGGUCUUUACUCUUUAACCUGAUUUUAACAGCUAAACAACUAAAUGUUUAUGACAGGGGUAGAUAAGGGAUGUUCAGUGUAGGGUCAUAAAAAGAGACACUAUGACAGGUUUUGAUUUUGGUUCUGCCAUUUCUGACUUGUGGGCAUUCAAUUACUUUCAUUGUUAAAGACUAAGAAAAACAACAACUACGAACAAAGACAUUAGCUAAUGGAUAUUCAGCAUUUCGCUUCUCUGAAUUUGAGUUUCUGUCUAAACAUCCUCUUGUGGGACUUAACCGUCAAAUCAUCUUCAUGGCAAACCACAACCCAGCCCGAGUUGUGCUCCUGUUUGUUGGGUUGAUCACCGUUUUGGCUGCCAUCACGUUCAACUGUCUUUCAGGAUUUGGAGAUAAAUCAGGUGUCUUUAAGCAGCGCACAGAGGAUGUGACACUCAAGUACAUGACACCCAUAACUCCUGCUCAGUGGACUUUUUUUGUAUGGGAUUUCCUAUAUUUUUGGAUUUUUGCCAUGUUUGUAUACUUUUUGGUGGGACUCUGCAGAAGCAGGAGUGUUUAUGAUUGGAUGUUCACCACCCCUGCAAUACUGCCCUAUGGAUUUCAUGUCACAACUAUCGUCAACCUCUGUUUGAACAUCACAUGGUUAUUUUUGUAUGAUAGAGAGUUGCUGUUUCCUGUACUAAUAAUUUCAACACUAAUGAUGAUCACAACUUACAUCAUCCUGUUUUUCUCCUGCCAUGGACUGAAGAUCUAUGGAGCUUGGCUGAACAAAUAUCACAAAAUAGACCUUUGGCUCUUCCGUAUAUUGGUACAAAAUGGAAUGGCAGUGUACGCAACAUGGGGAACACUUUCUACUUUGCUGAACAUGACAGUAUACUUACAUCAUCAGACACCAAUACCCAGAUGUGACAGUGCAAUGCUGGCUCUGCUCCUGCUCCUGAUGGAGCUGUUAGCUUGGUUUCUGUUGGAGAACUUCUACCUUGACAAGCAUGUACGUUACAUAGUGACCAUCUACCCAGUGGUAAUCCUGUGGUUGGGAGGCAUUCUGAGCAACUACAAAUGCUUUGAUUGUUCUAUUUACAUUUUUUCAGCUUUGAUCUUGGUCAUUUCCUGCAUUAUGUUCGUGGUUCGGAUGACCAUUAUCACAUGGAGACAUUACAAACAACCACUUUACAAAGACAAUGCACUCAGUAUGUCACCAGUGGAAAUAUCACUGACACAGAUAAAACUGUUUCUAUGAAUAACAAACUAAAUAAAUAGAAUGCUGCUGUUAAAGGAUCACAUGUACGUUCAAUGUUAAGAGAGAUUUAUUUUUUUAAUCAUUCUUUUGUUAAAACUUGAAUUUGUUCACAACUUUGAACUUACUGUGUGCAUAACUAAUGUAAUAUUUGAAUGCACUGACUUGUGGAAAUUAUUGAUUAAAAGAAAAGGAGUGAC